AUGAAUCCCAGCGGUGUCCCAAACCCGAAUAGCCCGAUGGAAUGCCAAUGUUUGACGGCGGUGGUGCCUGGUGGCCAUGAACCUGACGAUUUCCGAUCAUUUGAUACACCUGGCCAGAAAGAAAAAGGUGAAGGUGAAAGCCCGAAGUUUCCGGAGGUCGAGCAGAAUGGCGAAUACGCCCCAGGGUGGCAAAACUACAAUGACGACGAGACCAUGCUUCUAACGAAGUGUUGGAUCGAUAUAUUGGAGGACCCGGCGUCCAACACAACACACCCCAUCUUCACAUACAUACAACACGCAUUUCACACAAUUCCGAUCUCCGAUUCGCUGAAUGAUCAAUUGAUAGGUAGCAUCACCAUCACCACCAUGGAUUGCAAGCUCUGUUUCAAGAGCUUCUCAAACGGAAAGGCCUUAGGCGCUCACAUGCGUUCCCACUACGCCAUCCUCCCUCUCCCCCCCAAGCACCACCCCGACGACACCGAGAGCAGCAGUGGCGGCGGAGGCAAAUCCAAAUCCAAAUCCAAAAACAGCUCGAGAUUCAAGCGGCAGAGACGAAUCAAUCUCGAGAUGGAAGAAGAGCGUGAUGUGGCGUUGUGUCUGAUUAUGCUGUCGAGAGAUGUGUGGAGGAGGAAUUCCGAUUGUUCGAGUAGAAAAAUCCACAGAUGCGAGGAAUGCCAGAAGGUGUUCAAAUCGUCGCAGGGAUUGGGGAGCCACAAAGCUAGCCAUUCCAAGAGGAUGAGGAAUUCGUUUCAGGGGAGAGAGAAGGGAGAAGUUGUUGGGGAGUGUUCAAUGUGCCCUAGAAUCUUCAAAUCCGCUGCUCUCGGCGGCCACAAGCGAUCGCAUUUGCCAGCGCCGAAAUUUGUCGGAAAUUUGGUGGAUCUUAAUCUACCUGCUGUAAAUGAAGAAAUUCUUGGUUGAAUCUACCGAUAAGUUUUGUUGGAGGUUGGAUAUAUGCUAUCUCAUUUACUAGUUUUAAAAUUAUUUUAGGUUGUUCUGUUUUGUUUGGUGAGAUGGGGAUUUCAGGGUUUGUUAGAGAUUAUUUUUUUCUGUGUGAUUGGUUGUUUUGUGAUGGAGAUAGAAGCAAGUUGAUGUUGCAUGUGAUUUAUGACUCCAAGUUUUCUUCUCCUUUUUCUUUGAAACAGAGAUUUAGUAACAUGCAUUUGGAGACUGGCUUAAGGCACAAGAAUCUUGAGUGUCCAGAGCUGCAAGCAUUGUUUUGUGCUUUGUUUCCAGCUGUUAAUAAUUUGGGAUCUCUGAUUUCUGUUCAGUCUGC